AUGCCUCACAGUUUUGGGGCAACUUUUCAACACCAGGAGAGCAAAAAAAAAAAAAAAAAAAAAAAACAACAAAAACAACAACAACAACAACAACAACAACAACAACAACAACAACAACAACAACAACAACAACAACAACAACAACAACAACAACAACAACAACAACAACAACAACAACAACAACAACAACAACAACAACAACAACAACAACAACAACAACAACAUCUCACCGGCCGGAUGCACAAAUACACUGUAUCUUGUGGUGGCUUUCCAAGUUUAUCUUGA